AGCAUGCCGCGGCGCCGGCGGAGCGAGGCGAGGCGCGGUGAGUCAGAGCCGCACAGUAAAUAUUUGUAUUAGCCGGAGCCGGCUCGCUAAUGGUGGACGCGUGAGGCGGAGGCGCGGGCGGCGGAGGGAGGCCGGAGCGGGCAGCGCGGCGGCGCCAUGUCCGUGAACAUGGACGAGCUUAAGCACCAGGUCAUGAUCAACCAGUUCGUGUUGACGGCGGGCUGCGCGGCCGACCAGGCGAAGCAGCUGCUGCAGGCGGCCCACUGGCAGUUCGAGUGGUGCAGCCAGGGUCAUCCCCAACCUCAGAGGAGCCGGGGCCUGGAGGGUGAGCAGGGGCCUUUCUUCCUGCAGACAGCCCUCAGCGCCUUUUUCCAGGAGACCAACAUCCCCUACAGCCACCACCACCACCAGAUGAUGUGCACCCCCGCCAAUACCCCCGCUACACCCCCCAACUUCCCUGACGCUCUCACCAUGUUCUCCCGUCUCAAGGCCUCCGAGAGCUUCCACAGCGGUGGCAGCGGCAGCCCGAUGGCCGCAACAGCCACGUCACCCCCGCCACACUUCCCCCAUGCCGCCACCAGCAGCUUUGCGGCCUCCAGCUGGCCCACGGCGGCCUCGCCCCCGGGGGGCCCACAGCACCACCAGCCACAGCCGCCCCUGUGGACUCCAGCACCCCCUUCUCCGGCUUCAGACUGGCCACCCCUGGCCCCGCAACAGGCCACCUCAGAACCCAGGGCCCACCCUGCCAUGGAGGCCGAGAGAUAAGGGAGGCCCCUCCCCCCUCCCGGAGGCCAGGACCCCGUGGGGCGGGGGAGAGGACGUCUCCGCGGGCCCCCUUCACCCCUUUUCUGUCUGCACCCCUUGUUCCCCGGAGCCCUGGAGGGGAGAGCGCGGACUCUAGCCAGGCAGGGACGUGUCUGGUGCCAGAACACGCAGCUGCCCACACGCAAGGUCAUGGCCCCAGCGGCCCCGACACAUGGAGUGGUUCAGAGCGGCCUGGGUGCCUGGCGGACAGAAUUUCAGAGACCACGCAGCCUUCCUUCGAAGAUGUACCUGCCCCGCCCAGCCCAGGGGUGCCGUGGAGGACCACCCUGGCGGAGACAUUGCUCAUCCCUGGCUUGGAGCUCCUUGGAGGGCCGGCAGGCCUCAACCCCCACCCUAGGGAAUGCAGAGCCUCUCCGCAUGUGUGCGCGUGGCCGUGUCUGUGUGUUUCUACGUAUGUCGCUCUUCAGAAGCAACCUAGUUCCUGGGGCAGCUGGACUUUGCAUGUUAGAGUGAGCCCCCAGCCCCCUGCCUGCCGCCCCCUCCCCAGGGCCCUGCCUCCCACCCCACCCCCUCGUCAGCCAGCGUCGCUGUUCCUUGCAGAGAAAAGGAUUGUGGGAAACUCCAGGACUCUUCCCAUCUCCUCCCAGCGCCUGCCUGCUGGGGCUGCCUGCAUGCCUCCCCCUAUGCCUGGGGGUACCCGCAUCCACUUCCUUUCCCCCUUUUAACAAAAGAGAAGAACGAAUUCCAAACCAC